AUGAAGUCUUCCGGACUAUUUCAUGGGAAUACACAAACACUACUUUACACACCGGUUCAAGACAAGUACUCCUUCUUGAUAGAGGAUGAUAAGCUUCGCGUUGGGGCUAGCAGUAUGCAGGGGUGGCGAAGCACCAUGGAGGAUGCCCACACCAUUCAUCUCUCGCUACCAAGGUUGCCACCUCACAUGGCAGCUGAAGAUGCUGCAGUAGCGGCAGUUUUUGACGGACACUGUGGGGGUAAAACUGCCCAAACCUCUGCUAUACACAUCAUGGAAUGGAUUACCUCCACGGAAGCUUUUGCUGCGGGGAAGAUGGAAAAGGCUAUUUCUGACGGGUUUCUUACUGGCGAUUUAGUUAUGCGUAGAAGUCUCCCAAAUGAAGCGAGUGGAACUACAGGUAACUGUGUGCUAAUAGUUCAAAACCACCUUUACUGCGGUAAUGUUGGUGACUCCCGUGCGGUCUUAUGUAGGGAUGGAGUCGCUAUUCCAUUAAGCGAAGAUCAUAAGCCGAAUUUGCCACGAGAAAAGGAACGUAUCUUAAAAGCAAAGGGGUUUGUUCGUAAUGGUCGCGUCAAUGGCGUCUUAUCUUUAAGUCGUGCCCUUGGUGACUUCGUCUUUAAAGAUAGUGAUUUGUCGCCUGAAGAGCAGGUGGUAACGGCGAAACCAGAUGUAGUGCACAUGGAGCUGACUCCGCAGGAUGAGUUUGUGAUCAUUGCCUGCGAUGGUAUAUGGGACAUGGUGUCCAGUGAGCGGGCGGUUGAGAUUGUUAGAAGUGAAGUGGCAGAUCACAGUGACCUUUCCUUGGCAUGUGAGAGGCUUAUGGAGGCCUGCCUGUCGAGGGUGUCGACUGGCGGUGGUACGGAUAACAUGACCGUUAUCAUUCUACAGUUCAAGAGUUUUUUCCUGAAGAAGGUAGAGCGUAAAUUUGGGACAAUCUUUCCUGAGCCAUCAGAGUGA